AUGCCCCCGGGACCUCCUACUUCCCCGGUUCCUAGUCCACCCUUGCCUGUUGCACCCAUGCAACCGUGUCCAUUGACACUUGACUCGCUCCCAGACACUCUAACUAGUGGUCCAUCUGCUUCCACCUCGUUUUCCACAUCACAGAAAUCGAAAAUCCCUUACGCGCUGCGUAACUGCCUACGCCGACGUCGGAACGCCAUUUGUGGGCACAACUCCUUGGGUCAAGGUCUGAAAGAUUUUUUUGCGUCCUACGUCAUGUCACACUUGAGCGAGUCCAUGUCCUAUUCGUUAAACUUGAAUUCCACAAUUCCGCUUCCCCCAACACAACGUGUAUCACAGUCCGCUUCAGCCCCUGAUGACCCUACUGCGGUAUUGAAUGACCCCGAAACCUCAAUGGAGUGA